AUGAAGACUACUACUGCGUCGGCCCUGCUGGUGGCAUUGGCCGCGACCGCCGCGCAGGCUCGUCCUGUGGUGGAUGAGACCUAUCCGUACACUGGUCCUUCGGUUCCGGUGGGCGACUGGGUCGAUCCCACGAUCAAUGGCAAUGGCAAGGGCUUUCCGCGUCUUGUUGAGCCUCCUGCGGUGAAGCCAGCGAGCGCGAAUCCGACGAACAACGUGAAUGUGAUUUCGUUGUCGUACCUGCCCCGUGGCAUGCACAUCCACUACCAGACGCCGUUCGGACUGGGCGCAUCGCCGUCCGUCAAAUGGGGGAAGCACCCCAAACACCUGAACGGCACCGCUCGUGGGGUUUCACAUACGUAUGACCGCACGCCCUCCUGCUCCCAGAUCAAGGCCGUCACGCAGUGCAGCCAGUUCUUCCACGAAGUCAGCCUCGACAAUCUCGAGUCGGACACCACCUACUACUACCAGAUCCCCGCGGCCAACGGCACCACCGAGUCCGACGUGCUGAGCUUCAAGACCGCCCGUCGCGCGGGCGACCACCGGCCCUUCAGCGUCGCGGUGCUGAACGACAUGGGCUACACCAACGCCAAGGGCACCUACAAGCAGCUCCUCGAGACGGUCCACGAGGGCGCCGCGUUCGCCUGGCACGGCGGUGAUAUCAGCUACGCUGACGACUGGUACUCUGGUAUCCUGCCGUGCGAGGACGACUGGCCGGUCUGCUACAAUGGCACCAGCACGAAGCUGCCCGGGAAUGGCUCCGUGCCGGACGAGUACAAGAAGCCUCUGCCGGCCGGCGAGGUUCCGAGUCAGGGCAGCCCGCAGGGUGGCGACAUGAGCGUGCUGUACGAGUCUAACUGGGAUCUGUGGCAGCAGUGGAUGAACAACAUCACCCUCAAGCUGCCGUACAUGGUCAUGCCGGGCAACCACGAAGCGUCGUGCGCCGAGUUUGAUGGGGGCCAUAAUAUCCUGACAGAGUAUCUCAACAACGGCGUGGCCAACGGCACCGCUCCCAAGGCCAAUCUGACCUACUACAGCUGCCCUCCUUCUCAACGAAACUUCACCACAUACCAGCACCGCUUCCGCAUGCCCGGCGCCGAAACCGGCGGCGUCGGCAACUUCUGGUACUCCUUCGACUACGGCCUCGCGCACUUCAUCUCGAUGGACGGCGAGACCGACUUCGCCAACAGCCCCGAGAAGACCUUCCUCGCGGACAUCAAGGGCAACGAAACGCACCCGAAGGCGGCAGAGACAUACAUCACCGACAGCGGGCCCUUCGGCGCCAUCGACGGCGACUUCAAGAAGACCACGUCGUACGCGCAGUACAAGUGGCUGAAGCAGGACCUCGCGGCCGUCGACCGCAAGAAGACGCCGUGGGUGUUUGUCAUGAGCCACCGGCCGAUGUACAGCUCGGAGGUGGGCUCGUACCAGAAGAAUCUGCGGGCUGCCUUCGAGGAGCUGUUCCUGGAGUAUGGAGUUGAUGCGUACCUUUCUGGACAUAUCCACUGGUACGAACGCCUGUACCCCAUGGCCGCCAACGGCACCAUCGAUACCGCCUCGAUUGUGAACAACCACACCUACCGUGCCAACCCGGGCAAGUCGAUCACGCACAUCAUCAACGGCAUGGCCGGAAAUAUCGAGAGCCACAGCGAGUUGGACAAGGGCCAGAAGGCGGCGAACAUCACGGCGCGCCUGGAUACCACGCACUAUGGGCUUAGCAAGUUGACCGUGCUGAGUGAGAAGGCGGUUAAGUGGGAGUUUAUCCGGGGUGAUGAUGGGUCGAUUGGGGAUUAUUUGAUGCUGCUGAAGGAGCCUCACGGCACGGGGAAGAAGGAUUAA